AGUGAAGUUCAUAGCGUUUUCAGCACAUAUUAUUGGUUAUUGGUGUUUUGAUUUAUCAAGGAUCACAACGCGUUGACCUUUAGUGAAAUCGCACAGGAGGAUCAUAUAAAUUCAGGAUUUUACUGUUAAUAUGUGAACUAAAGGACUAUACAGUCGUAUAUGCAGUUAAAGAAGAUUUAAGAACACGAAAUGGGCAACUGUGCGGGCAAGAAUGCAAGGAAGGACUCACACGCGAUGAGAACUGACCGGAAGAAGGUGUACCAGGCACAGGAUACGCUGGUUCGAAACUUAGUGGACGCACCGGACGGAUCGGGGACUGAAGACGCCGGAGAUGCAGAUUCUGUAGGUCCGGGAGAAAAGGAAGACGACAAAGAGAUGUUUUAUGGAGAGUUUGACUGGGACCCGGAUGAAGUAUUUCCCCUGCUUCCAACUGAUGAGGUUGAACGUCGGAAAGGAAUGAAAAAACUGCGGACCAUAAUGAGUCAGAACUAUGACGAGGUGGACCACAAAACGAUGACUAUCAAUAUAAACGAGUACGAAUACCCGUUUGAAAAUCUUGCAUUUGAAGGUGGCGGAAACAAAGGCCUUGCGUACUGCGGUGCUAUCAGGGUUUUAGAAGAGAUCGGGGCGUAUAAAAAUAUCAGACGUUACGCCGGCUCCAGUGCAGGGGCUAUGACUGCCGCUCUGCUGGCUGUCGGCUAUAACUCGCACGAGAUCGAAGAAUUCCUUAGCCAAGACUUGUCCAAAAUAUUUCUAGAUCACUCGUGUGGGUAUUUCAGUUUAUUGCCGAACCUUAUCAAAGGUUACGGAUGGAAUCCUGGGAAGAGGAUAUUCAGUUGGUUUGGAGAGGCCCUGGAAGCGAAGACUGGGAACGCUGAUAUCACUUUUAGUGAGAUUUAUGACCUUUAUGGGAAGGAACUUUGUGUUGUUGUGACAAAUCUCAACAUGAUGAACGCAGAAUACUUUCAUCCGAAAACGUCCCCGGAUGUUCCAGUGAGAGUUGCAGUGCGCAUGUCCAUGUCUAUUCCAGGUUUGUUCCAGGCGAGCAGGUAUGACCUACACGGCGAGGAGAACACCUACGUUGAUGGAGGUGUGCUCUGUAAUUACCCAAUCAACUGUUAUGAUGGAUGGUGGUUGUCUAUGAAAAUGGAAGACAGUUUUCUAAACAGAUUGCAGCCAUUGGAGAAUUUCACCAAGCUGUUUGAGAAAAAAGAACGAUUUGGAACAUACAAUGAAAGCACUCUUGGUUUUCUGCUUUAUGCGGAUAACGAAAGGGACAUUUUGCGUGAUAUCCUGCAGCAAAGAGUUGGUGUAGAUUUACCUCCCUUUCCGGAAACCAAAUUAGCAAAGGAGAAGAUUCGCAAGAAGAAACUGCAAGAAAAAGUCAAACUAGUACAUAUACGUAACCUGCAUGCAGUCAGCGCGUUCCUAAAGGUACUGAAGAAACAUAACAAAGACAAUGACGAUAAAAUUAGUAAAGCAGAAUUGAAAGACGCUCUUAAUGAUACGGAAGAGUUUCCAAAGCGCUAUGUAGAGAGGUUGUUUGGUAGGAAUGUAACAGUGGAUGAGGCAAUGGCGGCACUAGACGAGGACGGUAAUGGCGAGGUGUACUACCACGAAAUUGUUCAUUUCAUAGAACGUACUGGUGUUUCUCUCCAAGCUCGUUUCCUUGGUUACCAGAGAAAAGAGAUUAAAGGAUUGUUCUCAUUUUUUGACACGUUACAGUCAGCCUUGCUUACAAACGUGAAAAGGAUUCAUGUUGAGGAAAGAGACAUUGAACGAACGGUGGGAAUUAAUACUGGUCAUGUCGGUACAUCUGAUUUCAAACUGGAACAAGCCGACAGAGAUUUUGUAGUUGAGCAAGGAAAACGUUCAACAGAAUCAUUUUUGCGAUACUACGUUGUGAAGAACGAUCCACCCCAAAAAACGUCAAUGAAAGCUUGUGUGAAGUCUACUGAACAGACUAGUGAAGCAACUCCUGGUCCUGUUAACGGCAUUGCUGCUCGCGUACAGAACGGAACUACAAAUGGAGAGGUACAGAGCGAAACUGACAAUGAAAUAAAAGCAGAUAUAAAUGAUGCUGUUACCAACGCUCAUAUUGAAUUGGAAUAUAUUGACAAAGAUGCUAGCGAGGUAAAAGAAGACACGCCACUUGUUAACAAAGAACACGACGAAUUAAAUGAUUCGAAAAGAAACGUAUCGGACGACUUUAAUGAACAUGACACAUCUAAACAACAACUUUUACCUGAUGAUAAAACUUGAGCGAAUGUAACUGGUGUAAGAGACGGCUCUGAAGUGUGUUACUGGUGUUGUAAUUGGUGGUUGUUCUUGAAUCAAACUAGCGUCAGACAGGGUGGAGUUUGUGGUCCAAUUUUCUUCUGUUUUGUCAUUUAUAGGCACCUACAAUAACGCUUCAGAAGACGAUGUUGUUGAGAUUUGAUAACGUAUUUACAUUUUCAUAACAUAGGUUAUUUAGAUAGAGGUAUUGCAACGCCAAAAUCAAUUUAUUCGUUGUCAUUGAAAUUAUUGCCAUUUAACAGUUUUACAAAGCUCAAUAACUUACAAUAUCCGUUACCUACGACCGUUCUCCAUAAAUUCGUUUGAUGAUCACAGAACACAUACAUCAUGUACAUACAUUAUAAAUCAACAUCCGUAUUACACCAGGUGGAAAUCUAACUCAUUAUAUAAACGUAUGUGCCUGGACAUUUUUUUAUUAAUUUCGUGACCCGGUAAAAGAAUAGUUCUUUGUUUUAGAGGAGGUAAUCAUUUUGGUUUAAAUAAAAAGAAAAAUAGACGAAUGUUUGUAAUAAAAUGGUUAUAUUAACAACCGAUGGGUCAGAGGUGUGCUUUCGGACCUUGUAUGACUCCAGCCCGAGUCAAAUACAGCAACCCAAAUAUGUUGUCACAGCCCUAUUUAUUAAUCAUCCAUGUUGAAUCGAAGUAAGUGGAUUUUUUUGAUUGAUAAGUCUUUAAAAAAAAAAAAACAUGCACGUGGAGUUUAGUUUCGUUCUUUUUUUAUAUUAUUUUGUGUGUGUGUCGAUGGGGUUGGGUAGGGGAUGGGGGAUAGGGGAUGGGAUGCGAUGAUGCAUUCUAGGAUCGUAGCUGUUCCUAUUGCCUCCUUGUUUUUGUUCUUAUUGUCCUUGAGUAUGUAUUUUUUCUUUGUGAUCUCAUCUUUUCCGUGUAAAUCCUUUUUAAAUCCUGAGAUACCGCCUUAAAUGUUAGUGUUCACAACAUGAAGUGUUUCACAGAAUAAAGGGGCAUGCUAUCUGAAGCAAUGUUUAUUAUGUUUAAGGUGGAAAAGUGGAAUACAUAUCUUUUGUUAUUUUCAAAGUAUAAUUUUCAUGUUAAACGAUUACUUAGUAUAUUGUAAUUAACGUCUUUAUUCAAAUGAAUUAAUAUAUGUUUAUUUCUUCUAUUAUGUGUAAAGUAAAUUUUGUAAAAUAAAUUUAUAUUUGA